UAUAGGAGACUGCCAUCUAGGGGACGUUUGUAUUAUGAAUGAUAGGGCAAGUUUAAUGCACUUCCUGUUUUGCCCACGUCUCCCAAACACUAAACCGGGAAAUUACAUCAACUGUCCACUUCGAGGAAAACGAAAGUUAAGUGCUGUUUAGCUGUGCUGUGUCUGUGCCUGUGUGUGUAUGCAGUGAAAUGGCUGAAGCCAGGUUUUCUCAGGACCAGUUCAGUUGUCCAGUUUGUCUGGAUUUGCUGAAGGAUCCAGUGACUAUUCCCUGUGGACACAGUUACUGUAUGAGCUGCAUUACAGACUGCUGGGAUCAAGAGGAUCAGAAGAGAGUCUACAGCUGCCCUCAGUGUAGACAGACCUUCAGACCAAGACCUGCUUUAAAUAAAAGCACCAUGCUGGCUGAAGUUGUGGAGCAACUGAAAAAGACCAAACUACAAGCUGUUGUUCCUGCUCCAUUUCAUACUGAACCUGGAGAUGUGGAGUGUGACGUCUGUACUGAAAGAAAACACAAAGCUGUAAAGUCCUGUCUGAUGUGUCUGAACUCUUACUGUGAAAAUCACCUUGAACAACAUGAGAGUUUCUUCAGAGGAAAGAGACACGAUCUAAUGGACGCCACUGGACGACUUCAGGAAAUGAUUUGCCGUAAACAUGAUAAACUGCUGGAAAUUUACUGCCGCACUGACAAGAGGUGUAUCUGUAUGCUCUGUAUGGUGGAUGAACACAAAAAUCAUGACACUGUAUCAACUGCAGCAGAGAUGACAGAGAAACAGAGACAACUGGAUGAGACACUGAGAGACUUCCAGCAGCAAAUCCAGGAACGAGAAAAGAAGCUUCAGGAGCUGAAAGAGGCUGUCAAGACUCACAAGCGCUCUGCACAGACAGCAGUGGAGGACAGUGAGAGGAUCUUUACUGAACUCAUCAGCUCCAUUGAGAGAAGACGCUCUGAGGUCACACAGAUGAUCAGAGAUCGAGAAAAGACUGUAGAGAGUCGAGCUGAAGGACUUAUGGAGCGACUGGAACAAGAGAUUGAAGAUCUGAGCAGGAGAAAUGCUGAGCUGCUUUCACACACACGUGAUCACAUCUAUUUCCUUCAGAGUUUUCCAUCUCUCUCUGACCCUCCUGGAUCUCCAGACAUUCCCAGCAUAACUUUCAGUUCCUAUGAAGAUGUAAGACAAUCAGUCUUUCAGCUGAGACAGAAACUGGAGGAUUUUUGCAGACAGGGGAUUGAAGAGAUAUCUGGUAGAGCAGAGAGGCCUGAGGCAGAAAAUUCUCCAUUUAUUUUGAGACAGGAAAUAAAAGAUUUCCGCAGAGCACAGACACAUCAAAGAGUUGCAGCAGAGACGCCUGAGAGAAAACCAAGACCAAGAAUGAUGGAUUUCAACAGACCACAGGCACCAACAAGAGAUGCUAUACAGAACAUUCACGAGUAUCUGAGGCAGAGACGUCAUCAGAGGGCCAUCAGAGAACAGAGAAUAUGUAUGUUGGGUUCCACAGUGAGAUGCACACAGAUCACCCCAGGAUAUGACCACAGGAAAGAGUGUUGUGGGCUGACAGGAAAGCAAAGGCAGGCAAGGAAUGCACAUAUGCAUAUGACUUUAAUUUGGUGAAUCUAUUGUCCAAUUAGCGCAAACAUUUUUUUUUUUAUAAUUAUUGAUAACGGGGCAAUGUGAACAGGAAAUAAGAUUUUGAAUAAUAAUAUUUGUAGACAUAUAUAAAUGUAUAUAUACAUUUUGUUUUUGGACUGAGCCAAUGAUUCCAAUGACAAAUUAACUUCUAGAAUCUCUAACAUUCAUUUCUGGAGUAAUCUGUGAUUUUCUUGUUUUAUUCACUCCAAGGCCCUGAUUGGCUGAUCACUUGUAUUUGAAGCUUGCAUAAAACACUGAAUUGAUGGAAGCCACAAAACAUCAGUAAAUAAAGUGAGAUUAAAUCAUUAAAAGUAUUUGUAUUGUAUUUAAUUUGAGCAAAAUUAGCCUUGUGAUGGACAUCCAGGGUGUUCCCCUCUAACUCUGCAUAGGACAUGCAGUUUUAAAAAAGAAUGGAUGUAUGGAAAUUGCAAAUUUCCAAAAAGUAAAGUUUAUUUCCCAUUGCAUUUAAAUUAAUUUUGAGGAAUAUACUGUAUAUGUUGUUAAGAUUUGUGAAACUAUUACAAUCUAGUGAUUCUGAUAAUAUAGUGAAUUAUUUAAUACAGUGCCUUGCAAAAUUAUUCAUACCCCUUUUUUCAUGUUUUGUGUUUCUGCCUUAUGUUUAACUGUUUUAUUUUAUUUUUUCAACAUCAACCUACACUUCAUACACCAUAAUGACAAAACAAAAACAGAAUCAUCACAACUUUGUACAUUUAUUAAAAAAAUGAAAUAAGUACAUUGCGUAAGUAUUCAUAUCCAUAACUCAGUAUUUAGCUGAAGCACCUUUACAGCCUCAAGUCUUUUUGGGUAUGAUGUGAAGAGCUUUGCAGAUCAGUAUUUGCCAUUCUUCUCCUCGCCUCUUCAUCUCUUAAACUCUGUCAGGUUGGAUGGGGGAAGAUGCACAUUUUCAGGUUUCUCCAGAAAUGUUUGAUUGGGUUCAAGCCCAGGCUGUGGCUGAGCCACUUAAGGACUUUCACAGAGUUUUUUAUAAGCCACUCUUGCUGUGUGCUUAGGGUCAUUGUACUGUUGGAAGGUGAACCUUCUGCCCAGUCUGAGGUUUUGAAUGCUCUGGACUGGGUUUUCAUUAAGGCCAUCGUUAUAUUUUGGUGCACUGAGCUUUUCUUCUACUCUGAUGAGUCCUUCAGUCCCUGGCGCAGAAAAACAGCCCGACAGCACGAGGCUGCUACCACCACACUUUACUGUGGGUGAUGAGCAGUGCCUGGUUUUCUUCAAACAUGAUGCUUGGAAUUGAGGUUCAUCUGACCUCAAAAUCUUGUCUCUAACAAUCUGAGGAUCCUUGAUUUUUGUUAAUUUUUUGCAAAUUCCAAGUGUGUUUUCAUGUGUCUUCACUGAGGAGAGGAGUGAGUCUCGCCACACCUCCAUAAAGACCAGAUCGGUGAAAUACUGCAGUCAUGUUUGUCUUUCUGUAGGUUUCUCCUGUGUCCACACAUAGAGCUCAACUAGAGUGAUCAUCAGGUUCUUGGUUACCGGUCUAACCAGAGCCCUUCUCCAUCAAUUGCUCAGUUUGGCCAGGAGGCCAGCUCUAGGAAGAGUCACGGUUGUUUCAAACUUCUUCCAUUAAGGGUAACGGACUACAUGCUUCUGUGAACCAUCGAUGCAGUAGAAUUCUUUCUGAACUCUUUACAAGAUAUGUGGCUUCAUGCAGUCCUUUCUAUGAGCUCU